AUGAAGAAAACUCCACUAUUGUUGGAGAAAAAACUUGUAACAAAAGUGAAAUAUAACACUUCAGAAAAAGCUAGUAUUUUGAUUGUCUUUGUUUUACAAAACAUGAUAUCCUCACAUACGGUUAAAAAUAUGCUUGCAAUCAAUAAUACAUCAACAUUCCUCAAUAAUAAUUCUCAAAUCAUGUUGUUAGAUGCACAAGUUUAUUAUGAAUAUCGGGUAGAAAUCAUUGUUCAAACUGCAUUGCUUAUUUUAGCUAGUGGAAUAUGUUUAAUGGACGUUUUCUCAUUGACAUGUUGUUGCUGUUUAAAUAUUUCAACUGUACCAAAAGACAUAAUUAUUGACCAAAAUAAUUUGGGAAUUCAUUCGAAAAAUGAACAACAAUUACCAGCCCAAGUUACUAAUAUCACGGGUCCUUCACAGUUACCUUCUUACCCUCAAGGAUACCAAAUUACAAUAUUUGGUAGGAGAUUAGUUGUCGCCGGUUUUACCAUUAAUGACAGUCGACGAACAACGCAGCUCGUAAAAUACUCCUAUACAAUGCCAGCUGAGGAAGAACGUAUAGUUCGAAAAUCCACGGUCUAUAAACGUAAUCGAAAGCAAGCUCGCAGCGUACUCAAAGGCGAAAAGGUACUUCAUCGAUCAACAAGAAAACAAGUUGUAAAAGUAACUACUCCACCUAUCUCUGCAAGGCUAAGAAGUGCUGAUACACAACAAGCAUUUGUCAAAACAAAUGUCAAAUUGGAUACCCUCCUAGUGAAAACGAAAGGUCGUAAAUCUGUUGCUCGUGUGAAUCAAAUAAAGGAGAACGGUAAAUAUCUUGAUUUAAUAGCCGAAAGUAAUGGAAUGUCCGAUGUGUUGAACAACAAUAAUUCGUCCACUGGUUCUUUACGGAAUGGAACAGAAGAUGAAGUCCCAGAAACUCCUGUUCUUCAACCCAUGACAGGCUCACGUCUUUGUAGCACCAUGUAG